AUGGCAGCCGUGGAUGGCCAUUCUUCUGGCCAUCCAUCCUUCGCCGAAAUGGCUGUUGCGGCGCCGCAACCACUCCCUGAAAUCUCAGUUGCCCAUCGUGUUCCAAAAGUAAUGGACGGAGAAAUAUUUUUUCAAUUCUCAAAGGAAGAAAUCAACAGAUCUGCAGAACCUUUCCGCUUCUCGAUUGUGAUCAAGUUCCUCCGCCAACGUCCCUCUUUGGAUGCGAUUCGUGCGUUCAUUGCCAAUCGAUGGGGUCUGUCUUCUAUCCCGGUGGUUUCCUCUAUGAAGUUGCCCCGAAACGUCUUCAUCAGAUUGGCUACGGAAGCAGACUUUGUGAAAGUCCUGUCCCAUGAAUCAUGUGAAGUGAAUGGAGUGGCUUACUGUGCGUUCCACUGGUCUCCUGAUUUUAAUGAGGAACAUGAACCUUCUAAUGUUCCGGUGUGGAUCCUCCUUCCCGGAUUACCCCCCAACUUUUAUCAAGAAUCGUUCCUUCAGAUCUUCACCGCUCCGCUUGGUCGAUUCAUACGCAGGGAUAAUUCCACGUGUUGUGCGACCCGAACUGAUGGAGCUCGGCUUUGCUUGGAGAUGGAUGCUGCUAAGGAGCCGAUCUCGUACUUCUGGAUUGGCACUCCUGGUCUGGCUACGAGCAGAAAACAAGAGAUUAUUUUUGAAACGUUGCCGGCGUAUUGUGGUAAAUGCAGAGUGCAGGGACAUAACUCUAAGACCUGUCGAGCAGGUAAACCCAAGCAGGAGGAACGAAACCGGGGACGGAACAAAGAAAAGGAUGAAUCGGGUGGAAACACUUCAUCUCAGAAAGAGGAUGGUGAAAUAAAUAAUCCUCUAUUUUUCCCUCCCGAAACAGAGGCUGCUGAACCUGUGGCGCCGUGUGAGGAUGAAGUUAAAACUCAACAUGGGGCUCAUGAUCAGGAACGUAUGACAGGGGAAUAUGUUUCUGGUGGACCAAGUAUUGAUAAUAAACGGGACGGUGAGAUUCCAGUUCCUAGCUCUCCUGAGACUGAGUCCGUUAAAGAUGUCAGUCUGGAACAGCUUGGAAACUCACUCUGA